CUGCAAAUCUUGGAAACGAGAUUGUAUUGUAUUUGCAUGAGGUCUAAAUUGAUGAUCCAACCUCGUUCGUGCCCGCCGGGAACAAAACGUGAUAGUUGAUAGUGAUGAUGCAACAUUACUUUCAGUUUUGCAUUUCAUUCUGCAGAGAAAUAAUGUAAUUAUCUUUAAAAAAACUUCAUGUUUUUCGCAAACUGCCCCUUUAAGGCUAUGUGCACACAAGCGUCGUUUUUGAGCGUAUUCAAAAUAGUUUUUGUCUAUUUUGUUGCUUUGAUGCCCUGCCCACACGAUGCAAGGAAAAAUAUGCUUACUAUGUUAAAUUAGCUUCAACUUUUAUUUUAAAUUGAUGGUGUUUGAAACAGUUUUGGCAUGAAAGGAAUGUAAAAACGCUCGAAAAUGUUACCGUGUGCACCUAUAUAGGCUAAUAUUCAUUUAACGAGUCCUAAAUCCUGAACGGUAUCUAUAAGAAUCUGAUCCAUUGCUGAAACAGGUCUAAUCUGAUCUAUUUCUGGUGAAGCAUGCAACGUGCACGUGAAUUAAACCACACCACAGGGGGGUUGUUUUGCAAUGUUUUCCUUCAGUGCGUACACACAAGGUUGAACACAUGAACCUUUAGACAUGAACGAAGUCAAGUCAGGUCAAGUUUACAAACAAACAUACGAUAGUACAACAGACUGAAUUCUCAAUAAAUCCAUGCUUUGAUAUAAGCAGUAAAUAGAAGAAAUUGUGUGGGUUAUUAAUGACCUGGAAAGAAAAGAUAAUUUGCAUUCUUUCGAGUCGUCUUCGAGGUCGUGAUUUAUAUUGCUGUUGAUAAUUUUAAUACAAUGGCGAGUAAUAAAAUUUCAGCACAAACAAGUCCAAGUGAUAAUGUCCGCAAAAAUGCAAUCCCAAAUUAUGCUCGUUUCGUUAUGGGUGGAUUGUCUGGAAUGGCUGCCACAUGUUUUGUUCAACCAUUAGACUUAGUGAAAACAAGAAUGCAAAUGAGUGGGGCUGAAGGAGCUAUGCGUGAACAUAAAACAAGUUUUCAUGCUGUUGUCAAUAUUGUUAGAAAAGAAGGAUUUUUGGGUGUAUAUAAUGGGUUAUCUGCAGCCUUGAUGAGACAGGCAACCUAUACAACAACAAGAUUGGGUGUAUAUACAAGUCUUUAUGAAAGAUUUAAAGGUCCUGAAGGUCAACAACCUCACUUUCUUAUGAAAUGUGCCCUUGGUGUCACUGCAGGUGCUAUUGGUGCGUUUGUUGGGACACCAGCUGAUUUAUCGCUAAUCAGAAUGACAGCUGAUGGACGACUUCCUCUAGCAGAGCGGCGAAACUACACAAGCGUGUUUAACGCUUUAAAGAGAAUUGCAACAGAAGAAGGUUUCACUGCUUUGUGGACGGGUUGUAUUCCUACAAUGACGCGAGCCAUGGUUGUCAAUGCAGCUCAGUUGGCAACGUACUCACAAUCAAAACAAUUUAUUCUUGGAACAGGAUAUUUUGAGGACAACAUUGCGUGUCAUUUCACAGCAAGUAUGAUCAGUGGUCUUGCCACAACUUAUGCUUCAAUGCCUGUGGAUAUUGCAAAGACACGGAUUCAAAACAUGAAAAUCAUUGAUGGUGUUCCCGAAUAUAAAAAUGGAUUUGAUGUUAUUAGUCGUGUUGCUCGUAAGGAAGGUUUCUUGUCAUUAUGGAAGGGUUUUACCCCAUGUUACAUGAGAAUUGGACCUCAUACCGUAUUAACAUUUAUCUUCCUGGAACAGAUGCAGCUUGUAGCAAAGAAAGCUUAUGGUGUAAAGUAGAAUUUAAUACAAUUUUUGGUUUUUUGAACAAA